AUACGCUGCAGGCGGUUUAAUUGUAGCUGAAAUACUUAAAUAACCAUGAAAGCAUACUAAGCAUCUCUCAUUGCACCUGCGACCGUGAAUUUUUACCUCGUCUUAUAAAAUGCACCUCUGCAUCACGAAGCUGCCAAUAAACUAUUUGAGGAUCAAAAUGAAUUUCGCAGGUGUUAUUGCGUUAACAGCGUGUGCGCUGUUCUCGUGUGCGGUAGCUGCGAGAACAUGCGAACAGCAGAAGGCGCAAUGCGCUGAGCUACGCCGCGGCGAAGACGGAUUUCACGAGCGGAUGCUGCCACCGAAAAACAGUCCACUCUGGCCUGCAUCCGCGGCGGAUCUGCAAAAAUAUAAAACGUUUGCUGAUCAGUAUUGUCGGUGGAGUACCGACCUGGGCAACUGCCGAAAAUCCUUGUAUACAAGUUGUCCCGCUGUCUACAAGGAUGACGUGCCAUCCUCGGGUGGAUGGUACGGUGCUGACUAUUCUCUUGCCUUUGGUGGACUGUGUAAUACCACGGUGGGUCCGGUGAAAUUCUUCCGCGCUCUCAACCAUUGUGCCAAAAAGGAUGCCGAAAACUUCCACUUCUGCUGUGAUCUAGAAGCCUUUGCCGAUAACGGACAGAACGAAAAUGCGGCGGCUGGCCAUAAAAAUUUUUGCGACAAAUUACAAACGAAGCUGCGCCUUUUCGAUGGCAACGUAGGCCUGGUUGUGAGAUCCAAAUGCGGAGAAGACGCUAUACAGGCAUUAAAGGACGGAUACCAGCAGAUGCGCACCGCCCACUGUUCCAAGUAACCAAGCCACCAAGGCAUUCGUUUCACCAUCUGGAUUUUGUAUCUCCCUUGUAGUGGACGAUAAUUCCGGCUUAAUCUACUGAUAGUUGUUAAGCUUCGAAUUACCUGGAUAUUCUGAUGCGUUAGUUGAGAUUUUUUGCAAUAACUCUGAGUCCGAAUAUCCAAAUACAAAUACCUAACUCUUCAACAAGGCGAUGAAAUUAUAAACAUGCACUUGA